CAGAUCGCUAUCAUGACAGACGCUCCUAUUAUUCGAAUGACAAUUCUAAAUAAGGGAAACUGACAACGUGUUAUUGUAACAUCGACCGCAUCAGCCCUUACUGUCACGGCACAUCCUGCACAACAUUUGUAUAACACAGCCUCGUCGCUUAUUCACAAAUCCCCUACCACAGUGAUACCUUCGCCAUGCAGUCCGCCAUACUGCGUUACUACAGCAUUAACAAGACCUUCAUGUCGCAGAUCGGCGCUUGGCCCUAUCAGAGUAGAAGCAUGAGGAUAUUAAUACCGUGUGUGAUAGUGUUCAUCGAUAUCAGCUACCUUAUACCGGAGAUGAUACGAAUGUUUGACACUUGGGGUAACAUCGAUAUCGCAGUCGAGUGCAUGGUCUCGAUAUUGUUUGUGAUCGCUUGCUUCACGAAAUUAUUCAACCUCAGUUUCAGGAUUAAGAAGAUGCGGUAUUUAUUUUCCUUGAUUAAAUACCAUUGGGAAGUGUUCACGAAUUCCGCGGACGUCGAAAUUUUACAGGAUUACGCUACAUUCACUAGAAAAGUGGUGAUAUUUUACGCAACUUAUGUUUAUACGUCGACAACACUGUUUCUGAUAAUACCACUAUCGUCGCAGAUUCUGGACGUAAUAAUGCCUCUCAAUGAGACGCGUCCACGAAGGUUUCUGUUUGAGGUUGAGUAUCGUAUCGAUCACGAAAAAUAUUAUUAUCCGAUCUUGUUUCAUUCUUACGUAGCGGUCGCGAUAAUCAUGUCGAUUGUGGUCUGCGUCGAUACUACAUAUGUAAUGUACGUGCAACACGGUUGCAGUUUAUUUGCAGCCAUUGGGUAUCAAUUACAGCACAUAACUUCGAAAGGACACAGCAAAACCAACUAUCUUACGAAAAGUAAAGAAAGGACACGCGAAAACGUAAAGGUCGAGGAUAUUUAUUUCAAAGAGGAGGCAAUUUUUCGCGAAUUUAUCAUGUGCUUGCGAAAACAUCAACUCGCAAUACAGUAUACACUUUUGUUAGAAUCUUCGUUCAUGCUAUCGUCUGGUAUCCAGCUGUCGUGUAAUAUGAUUGUCUUGAGUCUCAUAGGAAUGCAAAUAAUCAGUAAUCUCGACAAAAUCGAAGAGUUAAUAAGAUACGUUUGCUUGUGCGCAGGAGCUUUCUUUCAUCUUAUGUGCAUGACUCUACCGGGACAAAGAUUAAUGGAUCACAGCAUGAACGUGUUUGAUCAAGCUUGUAGAUCGCAUUGGUACAUAUUGUCGCUGAAAAGCAAAAAUCUAUUGCGAAUAUUACUUUAUAGAAGUCUCGUGCCGUGCACGCUGACUGCCGGUAAAAUAUACGUGAUGUCAAUGGCCAAUUACAGCAUGGUGGUACAGACGGCUCUCUCUUACUUCAUGACAUUUUCCUCUCUCACAUAACAAUUAUGAUCCUGUAAUACCUUCUAUAAUGAAAUAUAUUUUGUAGUUUUUAU